AUGUCUGCUUCUACUGAUACUGGCAAGCACGUCGCGCAGAAUGAGGGCGAUCGACGGACUGGUGGUCUGGUCAACGUGCAACCUCCGCGACCCGAUGACUUACAGCCCAAAUACGCCCACCAAAUCGAAGAGGAUGGCCAGAAUCCCGCUGCGCAUGGCUGGUAUGCGGGUAUGAUUCAUGGCUUGGGUUCGAUUCUCGGUUGUAUGGGUGCUAUUCCUUGCUGUUUCUGCUGCCCCAACCCUUUUAAGCCGAUCGAGCAGGGUGAAGUUGGUCUGGUUUCCAAGUUUGGGCGAUUCGAACGAUCCGUGGACCCCGGUCUCGUCAAGGUCAACCCUCUCAGUGAGGACCUCAAGACCGUCGACGUCAAAGUUCAGAUCGUUGAAGUUCCGCGCCAGAUCUGCAUGACCAAAGACAACGUUUCGCUUACCUUGACCUCCGUCAUCUACUACCAAGUCACCUCGCCCCACAAGGCUGCCUUUGGCAUUACGAACAUCAAACAGGCGCUUAUCGAACGAACCCAGACAACACUGCGCCAUGUGAUCGGUGCACGCGUGCUGCAGGAUGUCAUUGAGCGUCGCGAGGAGAUCGCUCAGUCGACUUCAGAGAUUAUUGAAGAUGUCGCUGCUACCUGGGGUGUUUUAGUCGAGUCCAUGCUGGUCAAGGAUAUCAUCUUCAGUGAUGAGUUGCAGGAUUCGCUCUCCAUGGCUGCUCAGUCUAAGCGGAUCGGUGAGAGUAAGGUUAUUGCUGCUCGUGCGGAGGUUGAAUCGGCCAAGUUGAUGCGUCAGGCCGCCGACAUCCUCUCGUCCGCCCCUGCCAUGCAAAUUCGCUACCUCGAGGCAAUGCAAUCUAUGGCCAAGACCGCCAACAGCAAGGUCAUCUUCUUGCCUGCGGUUAAUCAAACUGUGCAACAACAACUUAACACCGCCGACAGCGUGGGCGAAGGGCCCAGCAAAUACCAAGACGACGGGUUCCAACGUGCCGUGAACUCCCGUGUUGUCGAGGACAUCUAA